AGCGAGCAGCGACACGCGCCGGCGCCGGCCACGCUCUCAGCUGACCGCCGCACGUGUGCUCCUCCCCCCUCCUCCUCCACCUCUGCCGGCGCUACACCCGUACCACCUCGCUACUCGCCGGCGUCGCUGUGCGGAUAACACGUCGUCACUCGUCGCCAGUGUGAUUCGCGUGUGUACCUCACGACACCAUGACGCCGGAUGCUGCACUAUCUCGUUCGGCACCUCGCGCCGCCUCCGACAGUGAUAGCGUUUAAGUUCUCGACAAACAGUACUCUGCCCUAACCUACUGUUACCGACGAUGGCACACCGUAGCCUCUUUGUGUACCACCUUUGACAGUUUCGAAUCCGCAUACAGAACCACAUUCUCUACCUCUUCGGAACAACCAGCGUACCCUCAGACUUACGCGUUAGAAAUCAAAAGAAACUUGGUCGUCAUUUUUCCUCGUGUCACAAGAGAAGUGUGCUAGAUGCGACCCGGCCCGCUGACUGAAGACUGCGCCCGCACUGCCGAGUAAUCGGAGAGAGCGAGUCGACCAACUGUCACCACCGAUGAAGAUGUCGCAUAAAAGGAAGCCGAGCAGCGUUCACAAGGACAACGUGUCGACACCGGAACCCGAGAUGCCUGACGAGGAGCACUUUCAAGGUCGUAAUGGUGACCUACGUCUACAUGAAGAGAGAGAUGGAGUUGCUGAUGAGGUCUUGUGGAGCGGAUACCACAAUGCCCUCGGUCUUAAGAAGUCUGCCCAGCGUGAACAGUCUAGCCCUCUGCUGUUAAGUGAUCGCAGCCUUACUCAGGAAACAGGUUCUGUGCAUGAUGAGACAUCAUCAAGUGGCAACAAGGAAGAUGAAGAUGAUGAUGAUGAUGACACUGAGGACAAGAUUGAUCCCCAGCAAUACGACCCUGAGAGGCUCAAAGCUUUUAAUAUGUUUGUACGCCUCUUUGUGGAUGAGAACCUGGAUCGUAUUGUACCAAUUUCGAAGCAGCCCAAGGAGAAGAUACAGGCGAUAAUUGACUCCUGCACACGGCAAUUUCCCGAAUUUGCCGAGAGAGCACGCAAGAGGAUCAGGACUUACCUUAAGUCGUGCCGCCGCAAUAAGCGCUCUCGGGAUGGAAAUGGAGCAUGGGAAGCUGUAAGGACUACACGACCCACCCCUGCACAUCUGACUUCAGUUCAAGCUGAGCAAAUUCUGGCACAGGCCUGCGAGAAUGAGAGCCACAAUGCAAAACGAAUGCGACUUGGUCUGGACCCUGUCAGUCAGCCAUUGCCUCUUACACCACAACCUAUAUUGUUGCAGGCAGAGGGCAGGCCACUUGCAUUGGACUUCCCAGCCACCACAUCAGGCAAUGAUGUUCGUCCCGCCCAUACUCGAGGUUCAAGUGACUUGCCAGAUGGAAGCCCCAACAUGCCCCCGACAUUUGGCCCAGUUACUGUAAGUUCUGGCCUGAAGAGCUCAGUUCCGUCCCCAGUAACAGACUCCACUGCAAAGGUAGCAAGUACUGUUGGAGUUGUGAAUGGUGCAACCCCUAUCACGCCAACGACGACACCUGCCACUGCCUACCGCCCUAACUUUGGACAGGCUUUCCAACGUGUUGCUACAUCUGGCCCUUAUUCAGCACCGCUGUUUCCAGCACCACCAUUUGGAGCUGCUGGGAUGAUUAGCAAUGGACCUACAGAUCUAAGCAUGAAGACAAAACCACUGCUCAGCCACAAACUGAGCACCGCCGAAAUAGUAGCAGUAAGGCAGUUGAUUACUGGGUACAGGGAAUCUGCUGCAUUUCUUCUCCGGUCUGCAGAUGAGUUAGAACAGCUCUUGCAGCAACAGUGAUUGACCUGAGAAUGGACAUGGUGAUCUGCACAGAGAGACUGAAGCAAAAUGAAUGCAGGGAUCUCAGAUUUCUCCACUGUGUACAAAGUGUGAAGACAUUGUGUCAAGGGAUGUUUGGUUCAUUGUGCAUUUAAACAUCUUAUUUCAUGAUCUGGUGUCCUUGUGUGUGUGCUGAUAGUACUUCUUUGACUUUGAUGUAUUUCAUGUGAACACUUUGCUUAAACUGAUGUGUGAUACAGAACAAGUUUUCUGGGAUAUUCCAGCUGCGUGAAGAAGAAGCAAAUUGCUUCAACAACUUAUUCAUGAUGAGUGUAAUAAUGGAAAGCACUUAAUAUUAUUAAACUGUGCUAAACAUUUUUCAAGAUGAAAAAAAAAGACUUUAAACUCUGUAAAGAUAUUUGAUGGACCAAUUACAUGCUCUCACUCAUGUAAUAGCUAAUGCAGCACUUUUGUACUUAUUUAUAACAAUUUUUUCCUGACUCUGCAUUGUCACAUGCCUUUGUUAUCAUUAUCAAUAUCAGAGUCACUAUUUAUAUCAGUCAUUUACUAUGAAAUGUAUAUUUUUGGUGUUGACUACAUUUUGUUCCUAACAGAUACAUUUGUAGACAAGUGUUGGUCAUGUUUUUGAUUUCUUCAACAGGAACAUGACUCACAGACAGAACUUACCAAUAAUUUGUGAUUAUAAAGAGUUUACCAGUUUUUUGAAAUUGUAAGUUAUAGGCCUCUGACUCUGCAAAAACGAAAAAAAAAAAGAAACAUCCUCUUGUACAAAUAUGGUUGAUGUGUUUUUCAUGAGAUAGAAGCUGUCUUUAAUUCAUUGAUUAGGAAAUGUCUGAGGACAAUACACAGAGUAAGCGUAUUGGACAUGUUUGUCUUUCAUGAAACCAGAAACAUAUUUGCUAGUUUAUAACAUUUGUUGCAUGCAUGCAAAUGCAAAACGCACUUUGAGGAAGAUGUAAUGGUUGUGUGACUUGUUGUCAGUUUCCUCAUAUUCUUUCUGUGUUUCUUGUGACAUGUGUUUUAUAUUUGUGCAAUCAUAAUGUUAAUUCGAACCUCUGUAUGUGGAUAUUCCUAAUUCCAUCCAUAGCAUUAGCUGAUGCACACUACUUAAUGCAACUUCUCUAAAAAGAGAAAAUUUAUUUGGCAAAAAAAUUUUAAAAUAUUCUCAGCAGCACUGUGCAAUCGAUGUUUCAAAUGUUUUGUCUGUAAGUCAAAAAUGCGUUUUUCAUAUAUUCAUAUUUGUAGUAUUUGUCCAUAUAUGUAAAUAAAAUUUGUACUUAAAUAUAUAUAGCAGCUUCAAAGAUUUAAUACUUUAUACCCACCACACAGUCUUGUUUCAAAUUUAAGUAGAUGGAUGCAUCUUUUCAUUUGUGACAAACUCUCGGUGUUGUGUUUUUGAUAUUAAUCUGUGUUGAUGUUCGUGGCAGCUACAAUAAGGAAUUCAACUGAUUUGUGGAAGUGUUUCCAGACUGUUCUUCCAUGUUGGAAUUUACUGUAUAAGAGAAUUUACAGAAUGAUGAACUGCAUAAAAGAAUUUACAAAAUGAUGAACUGGCUAGUGAAUAAGUCCUUGCUUAGAUGCUUUACUUUUGUUAUUGGGAGUACUUAUUGUUUUUACAUUUAAAAACUGGAAACUUUGCACAACAAAAUGUUAUUUAAAUUUUAUAAAUGCUCAGAUUAUGCACAUAAAUAUGUGAACCUUGGUGGUUUUCCCGAUAACAUGUAAUUGCCAAAUAUUAUUUCAAAAUGUAAGUCUUACACUGCCUUUCCUUCUUGAUAAAAUAUUGCUGAUGUGGCAGCACUGGUUUUUAGCCAUUGUUUCUUAAUACAUUUUUUUUCUUUGAGCAUCAUCAUAUUUCUUGUAGAUGAGUUUCAGUACCCAACUAUUCGUUAUACAGCAACAUUACUGCAAACGUAUUCUUAAUUUUGCUUUGAGACCUUCGUAUCCCUUACAUUUUAUGUUGAAUUUCAUAAAUUACUUGGGCAUGGAAUUUGAAUGUAGCUUCCAUAUUCAUUAAGCAAACAUUGGAGACAUUGGUUCCAAGCAAAACACAACUCAGCAAUUCAUAAUUAUAGUGCCAUUUUAAAAUAUAUGAUGAAUAAAUUAAAAAAUAAUGCAAGGCAUUUAUUUAAUAAAUAUGGUAAAUAAAAAAGAAAACUUGCGUAAUUGUAACUGUAUUUAUUUUGAGUUGUAAUUUUAUUUCAAAUUUUGCACAGUUUGUUAAGUAAACUGGCAAAGCCAUUACACUGUAUGCGUGUACCAAAUUUUUUAAUGACAAACACUUUAUUCUUUUUAUAUUCAUGAAAGGUAUCUGUGUUAUAAACAGAUGAAAUGUACACAAAAUGCAAAUGACUGUACUAAAAUAGCAUGUGAAUGUGUUAGGUUCCCUGUGCUGCCCUCUCUGUAUUAAUUAAGUACAGUAUAUUGUGUUUUUAGAGGAUUUACCAUUUUGGAUGUGCUCAUACUAACAUUCACAGUACAUCUUUUCCAUUAAAUAUGGUUAUUUGUCAUUAUGUAAAAGAUGUUAUUGUAUUGUGUUGUAUUUCCUGUGGUUAGUUUUGGUGGUGUAGUUCCAGAUAUAAUUGGAACAUUACAUCUGAAUUUUAAUCAUGGAACAUUCUUCUGGAAUGAUUGCAAUAUGGGCAGUGAUACCAGGUUUCUGGCCAUCUGUAGGGGUCAGUCUAACUACUGGAGGCCUAAUUUUAAUGCCUUUAUGGCUUUACAGAAAACUUGGUUUCAGGAUCUGUGCAAUCAUGAAGUAUGACAUGUAGUUUUCAGAGUGCAUCUAUGUGGCAAACAUUAUUGCAAAUUUUGAAUCCCAUUUUCCAACACACACACCAUUUAUAGCACAUUUUCAAAUUAUCUUACUGUGCACUGUAAUCAGUUUUCUACAUGGGCUGUAUAUGUGUGGUUACAGAAGUGUUCUAGGCUAUGUUUUUGGCCAAAAUGAAUAAAAAAUACUAAGUUUCUAUAGCAUACCUGUUACUGACAGAUUGAAAUUAAAAGGGGUAGUGCUUGUAACUUGUAUUACUUCCUGCUUUAUUGUUAUUAAAUUGUUUCGGUAUGUUUCGGGGUAAAACAGAUUGACUCAUGAUAGCUACAGAAUUGUGUCACAUGUAGCAUAUUAGUACAACUUGAGGGGGGGGGGGGGAUGGUGGUUCAGAUCAUUUAAUUUUAAAGGAAUAACUCCUUCAACAUAGAAAUUUAUUUCCCUCUUAUUGUAAUAUACCUCAUAUAAUUUUGGUUUGAUAGAUAGACGUAUUAAGCAAAGAUGUUACGUGUGCAUAUUUGUCUUCCAGCAUGUUCUUAUAAAUGAAAAGAUACUGUCAACAAAGUUCCUAAGUCUUUCUGAUUUUUGUGGUACUAUCCUGUUUCAUCUUAUCCAGUACAUCAGUUAAGUACAUUACCAGGCAUGAUUUAUGACUGUUUCAUUAACAAGUUUGAAAAAAAAAAAGGAAGCCAUUAAAGUUGAUGAUAGGCACCUCCUUGUCAAGUUAUGGAAAGACACAUUUCUCAGUCAGUAAUUGCUACAUCGUUUUUUCCAUUUAUGGUACAAGGGUUGUUUAUGUCAUGUAAAGGUUAUACGUUCUAUAGUAACAAGCCAAUUAACAAAAUUUUUAUCUUAGCCCGUCAAACACUAGGCUCUUUUAGUCUGUAAUGGAAUAACGCCAAUUUUCCAGAAGUAGUGUUCAAUAUAAGUUUAUAACAGUGGAGUCCAACAUUCUGUCAGCAGAAAAGUUGUUAUACAGCUGUCAUGUUAACUGCUUCUUAUUUAACAGUAGAAUGUUAAUGAAAUGGAGACUUGGUGUACACAACCUUGGAAGAUAUAUCAGUGGUAUUUUCAAAAAUCUGAUUAUGUCAGACAUCAGUGUCUUUGAACUUUUAAUUGAAAAUGAAAACUGCAUGUCUGUAUGAACACUAAAUGCAGUGGUCAACCAUCCAAGUCCUCUUAAUUUAUCUGUAAAACAGCAGUAAAGUUUCACCCUGACACUGUCACUGUUCUAACCUUCACACAUCUUUUGGUGACAUCGACAGCAUGCUGGUGGGAGAGAAACUACAGUCCAAGAAUUGCUUCCAGACUAGUUCUGAGAAAUUGUGGAGUGUGUCAGAAUGGAAUAGGAGUGAUGCAGAUUUAUAUUUUGCUAAGUGUACUUUUUCUGUAGAGUUCUUGCUCUGCAAAUAACUAGUUCUGCAAUGCUAACCACCACAUUUUUUCUAACUAAAGUUGCUUUUGGCACACAGUGAGAAAGAAAUCAAGCUGUAAUCUUGUUUCUGGUUGAUAGAGUGGUUCCCAUAACCUAUUUCUCACUUGCAUGCACACAUUUAAUUCCUGACUCUACAGUUAACUGAUCUCUGUGUAAUUGUUUACAUCUUUCGCUAAAGUACCAGAAUUGCAUCUCACUGUAUUAACACUCACUAACUACAACAGUUAGGUCUGUACACAGUUUGGUCGAAGAAGGAGCACGAUUUCUAGUACAUUAUUCAAUAUGUGUAAUAUAUCUCAGACAAGAGUAUUGGACUUAAAUGUACAGGUUCCAACAAUCAUGGCCAUGUACAAAAUUUUAUCCUCUCUGUGCUGAAUGGCCCCGAGCUGUAAAUUUCUGAUGAUAAAUUAUAAUUAGUUAUCUAUGCUUGUUAGAGCUGGAAAUGAAAGUGAAGUGGAAUACAUGUUAAAUAUAUAAACGCUUGUAUAUUCCAGAUUGUAUUUUUAAUCAGUUUUAGUCUUUCUAUUAGCAAAAAUUACACGUGUAAUUUUUUAGCAAUUUGAAAUAUACCAAAGAAGGCUGUAAAUAUUUGAAUUAUUGAUUAGUGAAUUUUGUAAUUGUAAUUGGACCACUGCAUCAUUCUUUAUGUCUU